UGCCUCAGUGGUUCCCAGCAGACCGAAGGCUUCCAUAUGGGUGAGUUUUUCCUGUAAAUAACCUUUUGGGUAUUUAUAACUACUAUCUUUUCAUUAUUGUCACAGUACACACAGUUUUCCAGAAGUGAAUAAAUGGAUUAAUCUGUAUUCAAUAUUUGCUAGAAAGAUAAACAGCUGCCAGUGAGAACCUGACCAAAGAACAGACUUGAUUAAUGAGAGAGACGUUAUUUGUACCCAAGAGAGCAAUAGGCUUGUUGAUACUGUUUGUCCCAACAUACUUUUACAUUAGGGGCAGAAUAACAUCUCUGGCUUUUAUUCUGAAUUUGCUGUUCUUCUUGCAAGCUGAAUGUUCAGUACAAACUUAAGUAUCCUCUUCUAAGAUUAAAUCUUGUGCCAGAGUCCCCCCAAAAUGUCUACUUUUUAGAAACCAGUCAGUAAUGUCCCUGAUUAUAGAGGACUUUCAUCUAAAGCACAUUAAAAUCAACUAGACUUCAUUGGACUUUGAAUCAAAGGCCUAUCAAGCAACUGUCAUUUAUUCUGAAUCCUAUGCCCAGUAAGUAAAUGACCCUAACUUUCCUAAUAACUAUUUGGUGUCAGAGGUGUAAUGCUUUCACCACAGAACAAAGAAUUUCUUCUUUCAGAAGGAAAGUGUAAGCUUUGGGUUGAAGUUGAAUUAUAGCACAAUCAUAAUUUGUGCCAUUUGUUGUAAGAGGGGGGGAAAAAAAAAACACGAUUAAGCUUUUUUUUUUGCUUUUUUUUUCUCCCUCCUUUAUGUCUCCAUUUUUCUUGUUUCAAGAUUCUGUGUCCCCGCUAAGAGUUUGAACCCCAUUCAGAGCCAGUUCUGGUAAAAGGGAACAAGAAACACCAUGGAAAAAAUGCUUUGGUAAACAUUAGAUGAUAUGUGUAGAAAAAUAUGGUGUCAAUUACAGAAAAAUACACUGCAUUUUCAGAAGUCCAUACUAGAAUUUUGUUUGCCCAUUAAGCAGAAAGAAACAAGAAGCAUAAUUCCUUUAAUAUCUCAAUUUAUUCAAGUUUUAUUCAACUAGGGAAGAAAAGUCUUUGUAAAAAAUAAUGAUAAUGAUAAUUUUAAAGCCCUCUUUCCUUCCUGGCACAGGAAAUGUAAAAAUAGGAAUGGUUUAUUUCCAAUUCCUGUGAAAAGAGGUGAAAAUCUCUUUUUUUUUUUUUCUUAUACCCUCUCAUUUAGUUCUGAAAAGACAAAUAUAGUGCCCUAAUCAGUGUCAGCUAUAAAUAUGCUUAUUUGCUCUGUUUGAAGUGACAUAUAAAACACUAACGUACACAGAGAUGCUAUCUUGGUUUGCAAGAUUGCCAUCACAUGCUCCAAAACUGUGACGAAUCAAUUUGUGUGCUGUGAACCACUAUCCAUCCAUAAAACAUAUGAGCUUUCAGUGAAAUACUCGAUGACUUCUGACUACUGGAAGUCAGUUAGCGUUAUCAGUACUGCAGUGAAAAUGACUGUAAAUAUAACAUGUAACAUUAUUUUUUUUUCCCAAAAAUAAUACAGUUUUAUUAGCUAGAUGUCAAAUACAUAAUUGCUAAACACCAGCAGUAUGGAAUAUGCUCCACAGACUUCUUACUCCUUUCUUCUUUUUUUUUCAUAAAACUCCUUGUCCUGUUAGUAACAAAAACUUGAUUACUGCUUUUCUUCUAGCCCAGGUUUGUUCUGAGGUAUUGAUUCCCUGAUGCAAACUUCCCGUGCCCCACCUCUCUGUUCUCUUGGUCAUCUUACUUUUAAAUCUAUAGCUUGAAAAUGAAUAUCUUAGAUUUUCAGAUGUCCAAGAGAAGCUUCAUUUUCAGGACCAAAGAGACUUAUAAUCCAAAUAGAUAUGUCUCAAAUACUGCGCAGCUUGAACCCAUGUGUCUUAAAGCAGGAGCCUUAGAUUCUAAAAUUCUCCUUCCCCUGUAUUCAUGGACAGCUCUUCCAUUUCUCAAGAUAAAGGGGCAGGAGAGACGUUUUGGGCCUCAUAUGUGACUUGACUAUAGAAGCAGUCGGAUUUGGGGGGGCUUGAGGAAAAGAUGAAUCUCUCCCAAAUGCUAAGGCCAACUCUCCUGUCAUCUAGUGCAGGGAGAUUUCUUCCAGAAUACUUUCUCGGUUGUGUCCUGCAGCGUGUAUUCAUCUCCUUCUGCAAAUAUGAUCUACAUAAUUAGCUGGAACUGAGUCAACAGCGCCAGACUAGGGCACAGGAUACAGGAGGAUUUUAUUACGAGUUAGGUUUCCUGGAGGGAAGUCCAGUUAAAGAGGAGACUCACAUUCUCCUUAGUCUAUUGUUCAGUCCAACUUGGACCUGGCUUCUCCUGUUUAUUUAUUCAGACAGCUCACCACCUUGCAUACCAUUCCAUAUGUGUACUGUAAACACUGGCAAAUCACUGUAGUGGUAAAAAUAUGUUGCAGCUAUGACUGUCCACAUCUUCCUAAGGUCAGCUGCUAAUCGUGGUUCCUUCUGCCCUCUCUUCCCUUUUGACAGGCUAAUGCAAGUAGGUACAUGCUUGCAGUCUGUAUCCUGUGCACAAAGACUUUCAUUCCCCUGAGCGCUGAAGUAUACUGGAACUUUCAUCAGAUGAAAAAAUACCUUUCUGUCAGCAAAAUGUUUCCUUCAGGGGCAGUGGGGGUGACAGAAGAAUUCAUUGCUUAACCUUCUGUAUUUUUUGCAGAGGAAGACUUCAUUAUUUAUUUAUAUAUCUGGCUUGCUUUUAUAUUCUGUGUUGGAAAAAAGAAAAGGAAGGGGGGCUGGGGGGGAACACAAUAUGGUAUCAGAUUAUAGUUUGUUAGAAUCAGCUUAAUUGACUUUUGCACUUCAGGCUGUGAGUACAUAUUUAGCAACAGCCCAGUUAUGUCCCUAUACCUCCUCCCAGGACUAGGUGCCAUCCUUGUGGUAUGGAAUUUUCCUCAGCAAGGUACCUAUCCUUCACAGACUUUGGAUAGUGUGGAUGUGAAAAUGAAUUCAGGUAUGUUUGCUAUUGCGAAGGAGUGAUUGAAGAGCAACAGACAUUCCUUGCUAGCUUUAAUUUAGCUAAUACAGGUAAAAAUAGUGGUGGCGACCCAUUCUGGCGUAUAAUAUUUUACAUUGCCUACAAACUGAACUCAGUCUAAUUGGGAUCCCUGCUUGCCUGCCGGAGUUGAGAUUUAUGCACUCAGGUUGCUAGUUUUCAGUUUCUUGUAACAACAGAAAAAUUAGACUAACCAAGAAUCUGUUUCGUGUAAAACUAGCUUAUGAGCAGGUUGGUCAUUCACAGUGAAAAUGGAUCUACUUGAUAACAAACAUACAAAUGCAUUUGCUUUUGCCUUUCACUUCAAAAAUCCUAUGCGCAGACUUGAACAUCAUCCCUUCCAUGCAGAUGAACCCCACAUACUGGAUGCAGUUCACCACAAUGUCCUUUUGUAAGACAUGUUCCCCAGCUGCAGGUGAGCAUCAGUUUGAUGCCCUCUGCAAAUAUGUUCCACCUGACAGACCUGCUGGCCUGUGAUAUAAUGUAGUAUAGCUUAGACGCUGCUUUAUUAAUGUCUCAUAGAAGGUAUUUAUUCCACAGUUUGGGACUGUGCCUUUUGUUAGUCAUGACCUUGGCGGAUGUCCCUUCUGUUGCAGAGAGAGGAUAUGAGUGAGGGCAUGCUCAGGGCGUGAUACACUUGGCAUUGGUGAGUGAUAAACCAGAAUUACUGAUUAAUUGGCAUGGUUUUGUCACUUUGAUUUCACGUUUCAGCAAGGUGUGAAAAUGAUGGGGAAGGGAGGGAGGCUAUUCUGUUGAUUGUUUUUUAGAAGUGAAGCCUGAGUGUUUGUUGGCCUUGUAUCUGCUCUAGUGAGUGAACACACACAGAAAAACCAAAAAACUUGGGACUCCUUUAUGAAUGAUUGAAAUUCCAGUCUUGCCUGGCACAAGAGUAAGUUUCACAUAAAGAACUGUCUCUGUGGAGGGUUUUUGAAAAGCAAUCAAAAAUCUGAAAGACUAAGAAAAAUUCUAAGAAUUGGAGAUGUGACAAACCACAAUGCCCAGCUUCAUCUUGGCACAGUUAGGAUAUGAGUCUGAUCCACAACAUGUACAGUCCUAGACAGAUUCCACAGCUGAUAUUCAAACACCCUUAUAAGCUCUCUGUGGGAGAAUGUGUCUGUACACACAGCCAUUUGGCCAUUUCACAGUGUUGCUCAUAAGCAGUGUGAACACACAUGUGUGGGGUUCUCUAGUUAAUUACAUUUAUAGUGGUGAUCGUGAGCUGACUUCUACAAGUGCAUAGGCCAUUUUUGAUUGUGAAAUACUAUCACAUGCAGACUUCACCUUCAUUUAAGCAAAGUAGUACUUUUAUCACCUUAUAUCUUCUUCUCAGCCUCUUUACUUCAAACAUAGAAUAUAGCCUCACUCAUUACUUAUGAUCCACACCGAGCCAUUAUAAUCACUUCUAGUGCAACUCGUCAUUUUCUUCUUACCUUCUGACCAAAUCAUUUUUUGUGCCAGUCAGACCAGGAGGUGAAUGUGUCCUGCUGUGUCUACAUAGAUUCAUUAAAUUCAGCUGGCUCUGAGGACUACAUAAAACCAUGUUGAAUAGGGUUAGACAUUUUAAAGGGGAAAACUUUCUGACUGUGAGAACUCCCCACAGUAGUGGCUUUUACCACAUCAGAAUGAUUCUGCCUCAGCCAUUUCGUACCCACAGAAUGUAACAUGGUCAGCAAGUAAGAUGUGGGAAGUUAAAAAAAAUAAAGUAAACCAAAAACCAGUGGAUGAAUCACAGCAAGAUGGGUUGAAUAGAGAAAGACGUAUUAGAAGCCUCUUGUAACUAGAACUGGGCAAUCUGACAUCCAUUUACCAAGAAGAGUCAUCUAACACCUACUGAUUCACUUGUUUUGCUGUAAGGUAAAUGCCUUGUACCAAAUGCCUUAUACCACGUGCAUACUUUUUUGGGUGUGCAGCUCUGAUACGGAAUGUAACCUAAAGUUGUUGCCAGCAGAUAGCUGAUACAUGAAAUAUCAGGCUUCCUCACAGCUGGUAACUGAGCCAUUGGUCACCUUGCCAAAACUACCACUGCGGUGACCUCUAUACAGACACAGCCAACAGACUGUAAAUUAAGCGGGAAGCUGAGUCAGUGAUAUUUGUAGCCAUGUUCUUUGUGGUUAUGAGUGAGUCUUCGCUCAUAUCAUUUUUGAAGGCUGGAGGAAGAGGUAUCAUGGUAAUUUUGAUAUGAAGUGACAACUCAGGCUGAGAUGUGGGAUAAAUAAGGAGAGUAUUUGUCAGAAGCUACUAAAAGCAUCUGGAAAGUUUAAGCAUUGCCUGAAUAUGAAGACCUAGAGAAAGAAAGGCAUGAGUCAGAUUGGCAGGAGGAGCCAUAUCUUACAUAUAUUAUGCUAUAAAAUGGAAAAAAAGAAGUGCUAAGAUUGGAGAGUAUAAAAAUGAAUUGGUAAUUAAUUUCUUGUGCAUGUGUUUUAAAUUUUCUGGAGACAAGAUGAAGGAGAAGAAAAGCAACCGAAACACAAAGUUCUCCCUUAAAAAGAUACAGUGAUAAGGCAAAAAAGUAGGUAGGAGAACACAAAGCACACUGGAAUUUUGCAAGAGAAUGGCUGUGGAUGGCACAUUGGAGAUCAUGGGAACCAAACUGAGGAUUGAUUGAAAGGUAUUUGGAAAAUUUGGCAUACCACCCUGAGGUCUAGCGUAUAGAAAUGAGGAUGGAUGUUGAAGGUUGUAAGUAAUUAAUUUAAACAUUCUGUGUACUGACCUUUGGGAUGAAAGCCAAGAGGGAGAAGAGGCAGAUAGAGGUGCUAGAGAGACAAAGUCGGGAGAUGUGAAAAAUUAAAGCAGGAUAAUGGAAGGAAGGGUUUAUUGUGCUUUCUUGUCCCCUUUGGAAAUUUAUAUUAUGGUUUCUAGCAGAGGUCAGUAUAAAGAAGGCUGGUUGCCACUGCCUUUGCUUGACUAAAGAAAGCUGGUUGCUGUUUCUUUUGCCUGGCUAUGAUUUGUGACUGUAAAACAUCACACACAAACAUGCUUUAGUUCUUUUCUUCAUUUAGAUCUUCUCUCCCGGAGGGCUAGUUUGUUUGUCUUCUCCCUCGGUGGUUUGCCACUGACGUGACAAACAGCACUCUAUGCGGGAGAAACACAAGCAUUAGAAACACAGAAAUUAGAGAUGGAAAAUUCCACUGCAAAAGAUCAACUAGCCCACUGUGCUUUGUAAGCCAAGGCAUAAACAAUAGUAUUGGACUUAUUUAAAAUACCACAAGAAGUGCCCCUGAGCAACUUCUCCACCAGGUGAUGGAUCUUAUAGCCUAAUCAUCGCAACAGUGCUCAUCCUAAUCUUUGUCAUUUUGUCCUGUUUUCUCGUUCUUCACAAUAGUAGUGCUCUCACUUUUGCAUACCUCAUUUGUUCCACUCUCAUGGUGCCUUAUUCCAACUCUAAUUUUCUCAGCUUUGCAUCUUAUACCUCAUGCACAGCACAACCAGCCAUGUUUAGCUCUUUCAGCUCACAGGACAGUGUCUCUAAAUCAGUACUUAAAACUUCUACUUUUAAAAUUCGAAUUCCUAUAUAUGUGCUAAUGUCUUUCUGAUGAGAUUUUUAGGACUGAAUGCAAUAUUCUAUUGGGGUAAAUGAGAACUGUUAGGUCAUGACCUGAACCAGUGAUUGAGUGCCUGUUGAAGGGGCAUUGCCAGCCCUGAAAGCACAGGUGCAAACAAUUUACUGAUAUGACUGGAAGGGUCCACCUGUGCAACUCAGGGUCUACUCUUCCCUGACCUCACUUAAGGGCUGUCAGCUGAGAGGGGAUCACUUCAGCUUGAAGACUACAUCCUGUAGAAGUUUCCAGUGAGCACUGAUCCUUGGAAAGGGAGCUCCUUCCUAAAGAUGCAGUUACAAGGGGGACCCACCUUCUUCCCAGCACAGUGGCAGCAAAUUUCUUCAGCUCCUUCUUUCAUUUCCUCCAGCUGAGUCCUUGGAUUUGAAGUCUUGUUGAUGCCUGUGAGGAUAGGUACCUGGGCCUUCAAGAGAAGAGGCUUUCUGAUAGAUCCACUCCACUCCGUUCAGGCCUAUGACUGGGGGUUUCACCAUAGCACCAUCCUUUGCUCUCCAGUUGCACAAGAUGGGUUCAUUCAGAAGGCCCCGACCUCGCUUCAUGAGCUCUCCAGUGCUCAGUGACCUGCCACGUUUCCAGGCAGCUCGGCAGGCCCUGCAGCUCAGCUCCAACUCAGCGUGGAACAGUGUUCAAACAGCAGUGAUAAAUGUGUUUAAAGGGGGAGGCUUGCAGAACAAUGAACUUUAUACCCUCAAUGAAAAUAUCAGGCGGCUGCUGAAGAGUGAACUGGGAUCCUUCAUCACCGAUUACUUUCAGAACCAGCUUCUUGCGAAAGGCUUGCUGUUCAUAGAGGAGAAGGUUAAGCUGUGUGAAGGUGAGGAUCGCAUUGACAUCCUGUCUGAAAUUUGGGAUCACUACUUUACAGAAACUCUUCCUACACUCCAGGCAAUAUUCUACCCAGUCCAGGGUCAGGAGUUGACCAUCCGUCAGAUUGCUCUUCUUGGCUUCAGGGACUUGGUCUUGCUAAAAGUGCACUUGGAAGAAAUUCUGCCUCUGGUCCAGACAAAGCUUCCAGCUUCCAUUGUCCAGAUGCUGUUAAUUCUACAGAGUGUCCAUGAGCCCGAUGGCCCCAGUGAGAGCUACCUACAGCUGGAAGAGUUGGUCAAGCAGGUGGUGUCACCAUACUUGGGUUUGUGUGAGGACCACAGCUUCUCUGGUAGCACCUGCUUGCUUGGUAAGACAUGCAGUAGCAUAUGGAAGCUCUUUCAAACACUUUGUGUGGUACUAAGGUUGGCUAAUAGGACACAGUGCACAUCUGUACAUUUAAGGUGAGACUUAUGCUUUCUGUCUGUAACAAACUCCCAGCCUGUAUGGUGCUGGGAUAGUGUGAAGUGUAACUGCCUGAGCUAUACUGAGUUUCCUAGCUAGCCUGGAUUCCUGCCAGCUGAGCAAAGUAUUGGUGUCAUAAAACCAAAAAUAAAAAUAAAAAAAAACACGUGAACUGGCGUUGUAAAGUUCAUGUGCCUUUUAAAUCAUUGUACUUCCUUUGGUUUUUAGCUGUCAUUUAUUUGUGUGUGUUUUCAAGGUGGCCUUUUGCCCCUGCUCCACCCUAUGCUGAGCAAGGAGAAGUAACUCUUCUUUGCAUUACACAGUGGAGACAAAAAGGGCAGCAUCUUUCUGCAAGUAAUCUUGUUGUUUUCAAAGUGCUUCUAUGGUGGUGGUUUCAUCUAAUAAUUGCUACUUUUCACCAGAUUUCUUUCUCUCUUCUGCCCUCCUUCUUUCUGUCACCUAUUUUACUUUCUUAGAGCCAGUGUUUUCUCUCACUAGGCAGCUGGUAGUGACACAGUCCCAGCAGGCUCCCUGCUAUACAGUGGCUCUGUGGUACCUUUCUGUUGGACUCUGGAUGUGCUUGAAUUUUCAAUAAGUGCUGUGGAGUCCAAACUACACUCUAGAACACAGCCCUCAAGUUGCAUUGGCGUUGAGAAAUGUAAUUGAGGAAGAUGAUGGUCACAGCUGCAUUCACAUAAGGCUUUGGCCUUCAAGGCUGCAGUAUGUUAAACUUGACUUAAGCUGAGAGGAGAGCAGCAGGAAUAGAUGUGAAAGAAAGAGAACAGAUCAGCUUUCGGAGGUGACUUGGGGAGGGCAACCUCUCCAGCCAAAGUGACAGAUCACAAAGUCUAGGUGGAGCAAGGGUAAGCAAUCCGCUUUGCACAGCCUGAUUUGGAUACCAGAUGCCGUGGCCUGUUUCAUUCUGAGCUCUGUAGUUUGCCCUGCUUUGUUAAAGCACAGUUACUUCAGCUGAAUUAUAUUUCUUUCACUGUGCUUGUUAUUCUCUUGUCCGCUCUUCUUGCUUCCUCUGUGUGAAUUCGCCACUACCUGCAUUGUAAGGACAGUGUGUGCCAAAGGGGUCCAGUUUUCUCAGAAAUAAUGUUUAAAUUAUUAAUACAGGGGAAAAAAAAUAUUCACGCUAUUCGCUCUGUGUACUGAACCUAGCGUCACUGCUGAACUGAGUUUGCCUCCAAAAUAAUCCCUUAAAAGCUCUUCCCAGUUUAUGUUUCUGACUGUAGCACAGCAAAUCAGAACUUUUUGGUUUUAGUUAAACUAUGCAUGAUGGUUCCUUUAAGAGAGCUUCUUUUCUGGCUGUUGGUAACAGACCAUCCAUUAUAGGUGAAGUGACCUUCUUUCCACUUGAAGCCCAUGAGAACACACAAGCUAAUCUUUGAGUUCUCAUCCGGCUCUUUUGUCUUCCAUGCCAUGAUGUGGUUGUGGUUCAGCCGCUGCGCGUGCUGGAUCAUAGCUCUGCGCAAUGGGGUUUGGAAACAUUAAACUGAGAUGCCUUUCUCCAUAGAGGACUACUCCAAGUAGGAUUUCAAAUGGGAAGGGUCAUAGGAAAAGGUCGCAGUGUUUUAUUUCAGCACUCUGCUGCUUUGUUCUUCUCCCUGUCUCAGAUUUUGUCUUUCUGGAUGGAUUUCUGUGCAUUACAGUUCUUAUGGCAACUUGAUGCGGUGUAUAUGUAGCAUUGUUACUGUGUUCCAGUGGUGAGGCAGUGUCCUGCUGCAUGAGAAGAUAAGCACAACACCUAGGGAGAGACAAAGGAUAGGUGGCUUGCAGAAAACAGACUGCAGUCUGAUGCUCCUUAGCCAUCAGUUCACAGCUGGAGGUUAUGCAAGAGUUGCAGACUGUUCUUAAUUUCCCAGAGGACUGUGGUUGCUUGAUAGAGCAAAGGGGGGAAAGUAAAGCAAUAAAUGUAUGCUCAGAGUUCAUCCUAACUUUUUUUUCCUGACUGCCAUAAAUAAUUUUACUUCAGUUUCACAGCAAUCAUCUGUGGAUGGUCAUCCCUCACUUGAAGAGAGGAAACUGGGAUCAAUUCUCUACAUUUCUCUGUUUCGGUACCUGACCAGUGAUGUGUUACCUAUUUCUACAACAAACCUGAAAACCUCCACUGAAGAAAGAUCCACAACUUUUCUGUGUGAUUACUUGCAGCCCUUAUUCUUGGCAUUAGAUUGCAUUGCUUAAUGUCUUUAGAAUGUCUGCUGCUUCUGUGGGGAGAAAAUAAGUGCAAGACCUCUUGUUGCUUGCCCAGUUAUCCAAUCUAUAUUUAAUAGGUACAGCUUCAGGCUAAAUAUUUGGUGGCAAGAGAAGGAAGAAUUCUGUCUUCUUCCAUUGAGUCCUACCAACUAUGCUGUCUGUUUCCAACAUGUUUCUGUGGAAUCUCAUCAAUUUCACUGUGACAGCCGGAGACAGGGCCAUCCCCCAGUGCUGUAAAAUCAGAUAACACCCAUGGCUGAGAUAAAAUUUCAGCCCUCUGGCCUUUAACUUAUUUCAUGCUCCCAUCACCUUCCUCCUCUCCCCUCUGUCCUAACUUCUGUGGAAUUUUAUGGUCAGAGUUUGACUCUGACAAAGGUCUGGGUUAUCAAACAUGCUGAGAUACUUAACCAGCUGUGUUUCUAAGUCCACCAGUGAAAUGCUGCCAAUAUCUUGUUCCUAGUGCUUCUGCUGAGCUGUGCGUCAAGAGCUAUGCAGGGAGCUGCCUUCUGGAUAGUGAACAGCUUGGAGCCUGGAUCCAAGCAGAAGCCACUGAAGUGUCAGAAUAGAUAUUCACAAACUUCAGGUUCUUCACUGGGGAGGUCUGGUUGUACUCUUUCAAAUUAAAUGUUUGGAAAGCAUAGGUGCGGGAAGUGCUUUUCCUCAGGUAAAUGAAGUGUUUGGCUAAUGUGUCAGCAAAGAGCUUUGCAUCAUAUUUUAGUAGAAGUGGAGAUUAAAAUCUGGCUCCUGUAAUGCACAAGUGACCUGAGUGUCUCCUUCAGAAAUAGAAAUAAUGACUUGAGAGCUCUGCCUACUUAACAUAGAAUCCAUCAUAGAAUCAUAGAAUUGCUCAGGUUGGAAGAGACCUUAAAGAUCAUCAAGUCCAACCACAACCUAACCAUAGUACCCUAAAAUGUGUGGGUGACAGUGCCUUCAGGGGAGCUGGAGGGGUGUUUCAGGUCCCUGCAAUGUGUUGGGGAGCACACUUGAAUCUUGGAGGUUGGCAAUGUGUGGUUGUUUCUAAUCUAUUUGAGGUAUCUAACCAUCACUUCAGAUACAAACCCUUUUCUAACAUUAAAAGAGAGACUUGCCUUGCCAAGAAAGCUCUCUAAAUACUACCCUUUUCUCUUCUCUAGCAACUGACAUUCCUGACUGGCCAAAGCAAAUUUCAACUGCUGAUCCCUUUCUUAGACAAAUCUUCCCACAACUCAUUUCUUCUUCAUAAUGGCAGGCACUGCUCUGCUAAUUGCUGUAGUAUUUAGGACAUUGUAUUUAAUGGACACUCAAGAGUUCUAGAGGUAUGAUCUAAGGCUAGUGGAGUAGGGAAUCAGAGGGAACUGGAACAUGAACUUCUGGAUUAUUCUUAAUUUCUAAAAUAGCAUUUGCUUGGCUCCUUUUUAGCAUCUGCCUUUGCCAUUCUCUGUCUCAAUCGUUUGACUAUAGCAGAAUAGAAGGGAAGAGGAAGAGGUAAAGCUUAGUUUUCCCUGAUUUAAAACAUGCACUAGGAAUAAACUUUGAUUGACAUCAGAAGCCAUGAGAGCAUGGGUCUGUGUGCAGUGUGGAUGCACGCACACUGGAAACUGACUGUGUGAUUUGGGUGAGCUGUGGCUGUGCAGUGGCAGUUUGGGCCCCAGCUCACAUUGGAUGCACGUCUGCCCUGUCUGUGGACGUUGUGCAAUCUGAUCUCUGCUUAGUUCUGGGCUGAGAUGAAGUGUGUCUUCUGUCUUUGGGGUU